AUGCUAACAGCAGCUAGGCUAACCCCACUCACCACUACAGCUUGGCUACUCCCAGUACCCAACACUGUACCUCAAAAAACUACUGCUCCUCCUCCACCCACCACAGAAACACCUGCUGCCUCAACUCCUGCCUCACCUGCUGCUCCCCCCUCCACAGAAACACCCCCUGAUGCUCCUCCUCCACCCUCCACAGAAGCACCUCCUCCUCCCCCCACCACAGAAGCACCUGCUGCUCCACCCACCACAGAAGCACCUGCUGCUCCACCCUCCACAGAAGCUCCUGCCACCACAGAAGCACCUGCUGCCUCAACUGAUGCUCCUCCUCCACCUCCAGCCACCACAGAAGCACCUCCUACUCCAGCCACCACAGAAGCACCUCCUACUCCAGCCACCACAGAAGCACCUGCUACUCCACCCACCACAGAAACACCUCCUGCUCCACCCACCACAGAAGCAACUGAUGCUCCACCCUCCACUGAUGCUCCACCUCCUCCUCCUCCAUCCACCACAGAAGCACCUGAUGCCUCAACUGCAGCUACUCCACCCUCCACAGAAGCACCUCCUGCCUCACCUCCUGCUCCCCCCACCACAGAAGAACCUCCUCUGCCACCUCAUUGGCUCUUUUCUGCCAUAUCUGCCACCUCAUUGGCUCUUUGCUUCUCCCACAGCUGGCGCCUCAUUGGCUCUUUCCACAGCAGCCCCCAGCACAGUCUCCCUGAGGCUCACCCUGCAGCAGGAGUUUAG